AUCCCUGGCCGGGCCGGUGCGUGUGUGUGAGUGUGUGUGUGCGAGUGUGUGUGCGAGUGUGCCGGUGAGCGGCGGGGGCGGCUCCGGCCGCCUGACGCCGGCCGGGCCACAUCCAUCGCGAUCCCGAUCCCGAUCCCGGCGCGGAGGAGCUGCCUGCUGGCCGCCCGUCACCGCCCGCCAGCCGUUAUAUGUGUUUUGGAGCAGCACUCAGAAGUAAGAAUGAAAACUGUAGCUCACCCAGCCCACGGAGAACACGUUUCUUCCCAGGUUGUCAACCAGAAGGAUUUAGAACAAUGAGAAGGUUGUGACCAUCAAGGGGGGAUGUCAGCGCUGCCUUCCUGGGACUGGAGGAUUGAAAAGGAGAAAGGACCAGAACUGUUUGAUCCAGGCUGCUUUUGACUGCUGACGCAGCCUGCUGUACCCCGGUGGUGGUGGAAGAACAGGGCAGUCGUUCCUGCUUGGUUCUGUGGUAUCACCACCACAGGGUCACCAUGAAUGUAACAAGUUUAUUCUCCUUCACCAGCCCAGCAGUGAAGAGGCUGUUGGGGUGGAAGCAAGGGGACGAAGAGGAGAAAUGGGCAGAGAAAGCUGUUGAUGCAUUAGUGAAGAAACUGAAGAAGAAAAAAGGUGCUAUGGAGGAGCUGGAAAAAGCACUAAGCUGUCCUGGUCAGCCCAGCAACUGUGUCACAAUUCCUCGUUCCUUGGACGGCCGGCUCCAGGUGUCGCACCGGAAAGGGCUCCCACACGUCAUUUACUGCAGAGUGUGGCGCUGGCCGGACCUGCAGAGCCAUCACGAACUGAAACCUCUGGAAUGCUGUGAGUUCCCCUUUGGCUCAAAACAGAAGGAGGUUUGCAUCAAUCCCUACCACUACAAGCGGGUGGAAAGUCCUGUUCUUCCUCCAGUGCUGGUUCCGAGGCACAGCGAGUACAACCCCCAGCACAGCCUCUUGGCGCAGUUCCGCAACCUGGGACAGAACGAGCCCCACAUGCCGCACAACGCGACGUUCCCGGACUCCUUCCAGCAGCCCAACAGUCACCCCUUCCCCCACUCACCCAGCAGCAGCUACCCAAACUCACCUGGAAGCAGCAGUAGCACCUAUCCACAUUCUCCAGCCAGCUCAGACCCGGGAAGUCCUUUCCAGAUGCCAGCUGAUACUCCCCCUCCUACUUACCUGCCUCCGGAAGAUCCGAUGACACACGAUACCUCCCAGCCCAUGGAUACCAACAUGAUGGCACCUGCAAUUCCCCCUGAUGUGCACAGAGGAGAUGUCCAGGCAGUUGCUUACGAAGAGCCAAAGCACUGGUGCUCCAUCGUCUACUACGAGCUGAACAACCGCGUUGGGGAGGCGUUCCACGCGUCCUCCACCAGCAUCCUGGUGGAUGGCUUCACUGACCCCUCCAACAACAAGAACAGGUUCUGCCUGGGGCUGCUCUCCAACGUCAACCGCAACUCCACCAUUGAGAACACGAGGCGGCACAUUGGCAAAGGUGUCCAUCUGUACUACGUUGGAGGGGAGGUGUACGCUGAAUGUCUGAGCGACAGCAGCAUCUUUGUGCAGAGUCGGAACUGCAACUACCACCACGGGUUCCAUCCCACCACAGUCUGCAAAAUCCCCAGUGGCUGCAGUCUGAAGAUUUUCAAUAAUCAAGAGUUUGCUCAGCUCCUGGCUCAGUCUGUGAACCAUGGCUUUGAGACAGUGUAUGAGCUCACUAAGAUGUGCACCCUCCGGAUGAGUUUUGUAAAGGGUUGGGGAGCUGAAUAUCAUCGUCAGGAUGUAACGAGCACUCCAUGCUGGAUAGAGAUACAUCUCCAUGGUCCCCUUCAGUGGCUGGAUAAAGUACUUACUCAGAUGGGCUCGCCUCAUAAUCCUAUUUCUUCAGUGUCUUAAAAGGUCCCAAGCCUCCUGCAUUUUGGAAACAGUUGAGCCUUGCAUGUACUUGAAAGAUGUAUGAGUCAGACACAAAUUUUUAUUUUUUUUCCCCCCCUCAACUGGCAACAGCUGAAAAAGAGCCAUGAAAACACUUGACUUCUGUGACCAACUGUUGGAUUCAGAAAACAAAGAUAAAUAAACCCCUUUGACAUACUGUUGGUAUAAAGAAUUUUAGUUUACAUUGUAAUGUACUAUUGUGGAGUUGAUUUACAGGGCUUAGUACAAGAGGGACAACAGAGCCAAAGCCAAACACAGUGUGCUAGACCGAGUUCCCAAAGGAUUUUCCUGCAGCCAGCACUCUUAAGGUUCUUCUUCCUUACAUUCAGCACUCACUGGUUUCCCCCGUCCUCUAGAGCUAAGAGCGGAUGUUGGCCAAGUCUGCUCUUUGCAGCCUCUCUUCAGUACUUCUUAAAAACAUUACAUUGAUGGUUGCUGUUCUUAAAAAAAGUCAUAAGGUUUAAUCUCCAUAACUGUGUGCUAUCUCUGAAAUUGUGUCCUGACCAUACUGCUGUAAGAAUGUUAGGUAUGUUCUUUUGCUAAAUGUAUGUAUGGUGUAUUUGAAAGUUUAGAAAUUAAUUAGAUUUAGACCAUAAAGGAAUUAGGAAUAUUUGAAUGGGGGGAGGUGGGAGUGGGAGGGGGAAACGACAGCUGAAAUGUAGAAUAUAUUGUAAACAUAGCGUCUUAGUUUAAACUGAGGUCUGAAUUUCGUUGAGCAUUUUGUUUUCAUACUGGCUUCAUCUUGUAAGUUCUGACUAUUUUUGCCUCUUCUUUUACCCUCAAAGCAAUUGUGCAGCUUCUUUUAUCCAUGAAGAGGACAAAAUGAUUAAUUACUGCAGUUUGAAGGCUGCAGCUCUAUGUAUUUCAAGACAAAUUUGUACAGAGUGCUCUUUAGCUAUUGAGCAGUUUUAUACGGUUUAUGUAACAAAAAUAGGCUUUUAAUUUUGUGAGAUAAUCUUGUUUUGCCAAACCUAGUAACUGUUAAUUGUUUGGAGGACUUCGGUAUCCCUGUGGGGGUCUAUUUCAAACUUUUAAAAAAUAUAUAUAUUUUUAAUUUUUUGUUUGUUUGUUUUGUUUAUUUGCUUGGUUUAUUUUCUUCUCUUUGCUCUUUUAUAUUCAUGUAAGCUGUAGUACUUUUAAGUACUUUUAUUCCAAAACUAGUGGGUCCUCUUUACUGGAAAUUUUGAAUAAAACCUGUUGUUACUGCUUACAUUUGAUUAAAA